UCUAUAAAAAAGUGGCAGCAUCACUUUGCUGCAGUGACAUCCAGCUCUUGAACACACCCUUCUGCAGCCUCCAGAGGAGCCACACUGAGCACAUUCUGCGGUGUAUCAUCACGAGGAGGUUCGUCGAGCUGCUACAACACAGCUGAGCAGGAUGGCUCUUAAUGAUAAAGACCCAAUACCUGCAGUGGGGACCCUCUCCCCAGGCCAACUGCAGUCCCACCUCAAGAUGGAGCCCAAGACUCUGGGCGCGAUCCAGAUUGUUAUUGGGGCUUUGAUUCUUUGUCUCAGUGCCUCUGUGCUCCAGAUCCAUGAGGUCCACUUUACAGGGGAUGUGGCCCUUUUCCUGAUUGUUGUCAUACAGGUGACCCUGUCUGGUUCUGUGUUGGUCCAUAGUGGGAGGAGACCUACUCUAUUCUGGGUCAAAUGCACGCUCGUGCUGCAUCUCAUCAGUGCCGCAUUUGCCACUGCUGCACUGGGUCUGAUGUCCAAACACCUCCCCUACCGCCAGGACUCUUACCACUGUGAACACUGUCGCAGACUGGAGCUACAUGCCGUGCAACAUUGUUUCAGGAAAUGCACCGGGCUGAUCGAGCAAAAGUGUAAACUGUUGAUUGACGGGAUCCUGGGGACGCUGGUGGUCUUCCUGGUGUUGGAGCUGUUGAUCUGUAUCACUGCUAUGCUGUUUGGACUCAGUGUCCUCGCUGCUGGUGCCACACAGGCUUCCAGCCAGAGACCUGUCUAUCCACAGACCCGCCCCCCACUUGCUCCAGCUGUUCAGGCUGCUGCAGCUGAACCAUCUCAGCAGGUGGCUGUAGUUGUGACUGAACCAGAUUCAGAGCAGAUGGAGGACAUCUCCACCCCACCCACUGAACCGCAGGUGGAGCCUAUAGAGGCUGUGGCUACACAACCCUGAACUCAGCACUCACUGCCCCUUGUGUCAUGUCAUGUCAGACAUAGAUGGAAUAUGGAUGUCUACUAGGAAAAACUACUCCUGUCAGCCCUCUGGUCAUUAUAAUUAAGACUUGUUUAUCCUGAUGACACAUGCAUCAUCUCAGGUGACAACGUGACUAGAAUCAGUGUAUCAAAUACUCAAUAUACCAUAUCCACAAGAUUGCCAUUUUCCUCUGAAAUCACACUUAGAGAUGGAAGCUCAAAUGCUAUUAUGGACAAAAUAAUGUUGUACUGCUGUGAUUCAGGCUUAUAAAUCAUAUAACACAGGGAAUAUGACAAACUGUUAUAAUUUCAUAGAUCGAUAACCAAUCAGUUUCUGAAAAGACAAUGGAUAUCUGAUACACAGGGGACCUGAGCGUAAUAUCAGAGGAAAGUGGCAGCGGUGUGAGUAUGGUCUAUUUGCUGCACGUAUAAAGACCAUGUUCUCAUAGUAAGAAGAAAGGAAAUGGGGUCUAGGGUAUAUGCACUUCACUAAUAGAGUGUUCACAUUUAGUAUCAAUUAGAAUGAAUGUAGAUUCUAUUUGUAACCAUGUACUAUUUUGCCUUUAAAAAGUUUCAAAUGCAUUUAACCAAAACACAAUUCAUUGCCGAAAUAACUUGUUUCUCAGUUGUUAAAGUAACAUUGAGUUUAUGUAAUGGUAUUCUCAAGUUUUCUUAAUGCCAGUCUACAGUGAACUGAGGAAAAAGUUACAGCAACCAAGCUAAAACUGUUCAUCAUCCGUUUUCAUAUUUUAGACUUAUUAUUAUUAUUAGUACUUCAGUGAUUUUGUUCCCUCAGUAUGUUGGGAGACUCAGAAUAAACAGAUUAAAACAGAA